AUGGCAGCGCUGCAGUCGUCCACCGGUCAUCAAAAACCCUUGACCACUGCUAACGAUAUUCUUGGAUUACCUAAUUUUGCUAUUGUACGAAUCCCCGAAGGUGGCGAUAUCAUCAAACUUUUCAGUUUACUGUUAAACAAUGGUUUCCCGGAAGUGUCAUUUGUGAAUGAAAUUCGUGAAAAUGCAUUUCUCCCUGUGCUUAAUGCAACGGCGGCCCCUGUUUCUGAUCUUACACAUUUUUCGAACACUGUGGUCGUACAGGAUUCAGUGAUAUCCUCGGAUGACAACAGCUCCCAGUUGCUUAUUACCGAUGAUCAUACCACUCAUCUUUCUCCUGCAUCGUCCAGCUCUAAUUCCAUUCAUGGUUUGGCUACUUCAACUGCUAUACCAUCACCUAUACCGUUUGUUGCUCGACCACGUGGAUCACGGAUGAUUGCUAAUGAUGACCCGUCAUUGUAUGCUGUUUGUCAGUUAUGUCAGAACAAAAUUAUGUCCAGUCGAUUAUCAAAUUUAACUAACCAUGUCCGUCGGCAUGCAUCGCUUAAACAGUUCCAGUGUGUUUAUUGCAUUUACACUCAUAAUGAAAUGGCCAAAGUACGCUUACAUAUGCAGCAUAAUCAUAAGGAUCAUGUUAGUCAACCGUUGGAUGCACUUACGCCGGAAAUGCAAAAUCAGUGGGAUCUACUGAUGGACCAGUGUUUUCCGGGUUAUUCCAAGUUUUCAACAUCCAAGAACGGAGAAAAUGAUCGUUCGGCUGAUUUAAUGUUAACGGGUCUGAAUGAUUUAUCAUAUGCUUGUAUUGAAUGCGGUGAACGUGUUAAUGCUGAAGCACUUAUUGAACAUCUUGAUAAAGUGCAUAAAACAGAAUGCAUACCAUAUUGCUGCGAGGAAUGUGGCUAUCAGAAUGCCGAUCAGUGGAAAGUACGUCUUCAUAUCACAUUGAAACAUUCGGAAAUUGCGGCCGAUGUAAACGUUGAAGUAUUGGAGCCCGGUAGCAGUCUUGUCAUGUUCCUUCAUAAAUAUUUCCCGGACACACCAGCUGAUGAGGAAGAAAGCAAAAUGUUAACACAGUUUCAAAGCUUGGCACCAAAAGAGGAACGAAAUAGUCUGUCACCUUUGAGUUUUAGCGGAUAUAUGACGUCUAUAGUAAAUGAAACUGGUACUGAUACCGGAAAUCACGUUCGAUGUGAGCUUUGUCAAAAAAUGAUGCCGAACUACCGAUCACUUUCUUCAUUAAUGAAUCACGCUAAGCGGCAUUAUCAUCUGAAACAGUAUCAGUGCUCGGAAUGCUCAUAUACUAGUAGUGAAGCAGCUCAUGUUCGUACUCAUAUGGCGCUUAAACAUCCUCAUGUUGGUGCAAAACCUAUUGAUAACAAUUGUGAGAUGUUACAAAAUGCUUGGAUCGAUGUGAUGCGUAAAUGUUUCCCUGGAUUAAUUUCAAAGAUUGAUCAAUUUCGAUUCAAACACUCUAGAAGUGAAGAUAGUAACAAGGAGGAAAAUUCAGCUGAUGACGAAGAGAUCUUUGCGCGUAGCAAGAGGAGUUCUUUCAAGAACCAUACUGCAGCAUCUCCGCAACGCAAACUACAGAAGCUACAAAAUGGGAAAGUCAGUGGUACCACUGAACUUUAA